AUGGUAGUUAAAUGCACAUUUGAAGAUUGUAACAAGACAUUUACAUGCAAAGCCAAUCUAAAUGACCAUAUCAAUGUACACAUGGGAAUAAAGCCGUUUACAUGCGAAAUUUGCCAAAAAUCAUUCUCAUGUAAACGGUAUCUCAAAUCUCACCAUCAAUCACAUGGAAACCCCAUUAGGUGUGAGCAAUGUGGUAAGCUUUUCACUAGAAAGUAUAAAUUGAAGGUACAUUCAGAAAAAUACUGUUUAAAAAUUUACAAGUGUUCUUUCUGUUUGAAAAUUUACAAAAAAAAAGGGUGUUAUGAGGAACAUGUGAAAGACUGUAGGAAGAAAUUAAGUAAAAAAGUAUCUUCUAAAAUGGAUACAUGUAAAAGAAAAUCAUCUAAAAUAGUUGCAUGCGAAAUUUGCCGGUCUGAAUAUAGUGGAAAAAAGAAUUUAAUAGCACACAUAAAGGCCAAACAUGAAAACGUGAGAUUCAAAUGUAAAUUUUGUGAAAAGUUAUUUGUAUACAACUGCUCGAUGAUAAAGCACAUGAAAAAAGCACACAGUGGAAAUUUAGAAAAGCAUUUGAACAUAUAA